AUGAACAUCGUCGGGUCCGUGCGCAUGAUCGCGAAUGAGGUUGACAACGAGUACAUAAACACGGCCAGCCGCGUCGGCACAUGGCGCUGGGCGGUUGAUUGGACUGCUGGUGGUGCUAAGAGUAACGUAUACACUUACUACUUCGACCAUGCGCCCGCUGAGAACCGCAACGAAGGUACUUACCAUGGCUCCGAGAUUUGGUAUACUUUUAACAACAUUCCCUACGCCGACUACUCCAAUGUGACCUGGACCGAGUAUGACCUUGUCGUUGAGGAGAAGAUGACAAACUACUGGGCCAACUUCAUUCGCAGUGGAAACCCCAACGGAAACAGCCAAGCUAAGUUCAAGCCAUCGACCAAGGCGUCCCACGAGACUAUGUGGCUGGGCAACUCUUGGGGUAUGGGUCCCAUUUCGAUGGAUGAGCGUCGCAUCAAGUUCCUUCACAAGUGCACGUCUACCCUGCCCGAAUGGUAA